AUGGUGGACAAUUCAAGCAGUAGUAAGGCACAAAUGCCCAGCAUGUCUCAAGAGCCUGGUGUGGCCUUUUCUCAGAACACCUCUACAGGGGGGAUGAAGCUGGAGGCAGUGAUGGAGCAGCUCCAGCGCCAACAGCAGGCCCGAUUGGAAAUGGAGCGCAAGGAGAGGAAGCUACGAGAGGCCCACAUCAUGUAUGCUCAGCAGGUUGCUGCCCAGCAGGCCAUCUUGGCAGCUGCCCGGGCCUCUGGGGCCAGCUUCAUGAGCAAAAGCCUGGCUGGAGGUGUCCCUGGUGGUGGGUUGCCUCCCCGGGUUUCCAAUCAGAGCAGUGUGGACUCGGAAAGAGAGGAUGACGAGGACAGAGGCCGGGAUUCCGGGGAUGAGGAUGACGACAAUGAGAUGAUGGAGGGAGAUGAGGGCAGUGAUGAGGAUGAGGGAAGUGCCAGUGGUCUGGAGUUCCUCCGCAAGCAGACCCUUGCUUUGCAGCAGAGCGCCUCCCGCAUCCCGGCCCGUCCAUUUGGCAGUUACUCAGCUUCGGCCCCCCAGAGGGCUGCAUCGCCACCUAUCAGAGUGAAGCAGGAACCUGACGAGGGCCUGUCUCCUGCGGGGCCUCACUCUGCCACCUCUCCUAAUGGACAGGCGGACUGGGGCUUUGAAGAUCACUUCAGACAGAAUGGGAAUGCAGGCUGGGCGGAUGAGGCUGACAGUAGCAGAGGGAGAGGAGAAGCCUCCAGAGACUUUGCUAAGUUGUAUGAGCUGGACAGUGACCCCAAAAGGAAGGAGUUUUUGGAUGACCUCUUCACCUUCAUGCAGAAAAGAGGAACCCCUGUCAAUCGUAUCCCCAUCAUGGCCAAGCAAGUCCUGGAUCUGUACAUGCUGUACAAGCUGGUGACAGAGAAGGGAGGUCUGGUUGAGGUCAUCAACAAGAAGAUCUGGAGAGAAAUCACAAAGGGACUCAACCUGCCUACUUCUAUCACCAGUGCAGCUUUCACCCUGCGCACACAGUACAUGAAAUACCUUUACCCAUAUGAGUGCGAGAGGAAAGGCCUCAGCUCUCCAGGUGAGCUCCAGGCUGCCAUCGACAGUAACCGACGCGAGGGUCGUCGUCCAAGCUACAGCAGCAGCCUCUUCCGCUUCUCUCCUUCUCCCAGCACAGCCCCACACAUCCUCUCACCUCCCAAGAUGCAUCUUUCAGCUCUGGGGGCUGGGACCUCGGGGGCCCUCAAUGGUCUGCAGGCCUCACCAGGACCCUCUCUGAAGAAAGGUAGACCGUAUGACCUGACCCCCUCCAUCAUGGCAGCAAGACCCUCCAUGGCCCUGGCUCUGGGUCAUCAGCAGGUUGCCGGUUUGGCAAGAGCCGCCACGCUGGAGCAGCUGAGGGAAAAGCUGGAGACAGGCGGAGGAGAGGGGCCGGAGAGGAAGAUGGCCCGCCUGGCAGAAGAGCAGCAGCGCCUGAUGCAGCAGGCUUUCCAGCACAACCUGCUGGCUAUGGCUUCUCAAAUGCCUAUGAAUCUGCGCCUGGGAGCCCCCGCCAUCACCACCAGAGAUGAGAAGCAGCAGGACAUGUCUCUGAGCAUCUCAACUAAUGGAAAUGCCAGCAUCACUGUCUCAGUAGAGGUUAAUGGCACAAUCUACUCAGGAACCCUGUUUGCCCACAAGUCUGGUGGGGCCCCGGGGCCUGCUGUGUCGGCUGCCGCUGCUUCAGCUUCCCCCGCUGGAACCAGCACUAGCUUUGGCUUUUCUGUACCCCCGGCUCAGACCCUCAGCCCCACGUCCUCCUCCUCCUCAAAGGGUCCUGGUUCGGCUGAGCCAACCCCCAGUGGGUCACCCUAACUCAAGCUGCCCUUUGUACCUCCUCCCCAGGCCUCUCUUCCACCGGGAGACCCCGCAUGAAUAUACAGUACAAUGAGAAACCGAUAAGAAUAACAAACUGUUGCACAACAAAUACCUCAUCAACCCUGUCAACCUCUUGGCUGUCCAAUCAUGAACACAGAGCCUGAGAAUAUUGUAUGACAUCACGUGCCCAAACGCACAGCUAUGCAUUUUAUUCAACACACACACACACACACACACACACACACACUCACUACACGACAAACACACACAA